GAGUACCUCGAGGGAGAGGAAGACGUGGAGACCGGUAUGCCUGCUCGCCUGACAGCUGCGGAGUCUUCCAUUGGGGAGAGGCCGGCCGGAGAGAAGCCUCUUGCUGCGAAGGCAAAGGCGGCCGCACGAGUUCCAGGGGACGUCUACUUACUGUCAAGGCAACUGCAGAAAGUGACCAGCUACGACGGCCUCGAUUCCCACAUUGGUGCAAUUUUGGAGUUCUUUGCCAUUUGCUGCCGGAAGUGA